CUACCCUGCUUUCGACAUUAAAACCCCGUCGCUCCUCGCCGCGCGACCGCCGGGCAUGUUGCCUUCGCCGCCCUCCUCGAUCCCUUCUCGUUCCAUUUAAAGCAUCGGUCGGUGUCGGCUUCAAGCGAUCCUUCGAUUCCGGAGAGGUCGGCGGGAAGCGUAGGGAGAAGAGGCUUGGGCGAUCUGAUAUUAGUCAACACCUUUCUGCAAGUGUUUCUUCUUGCAUGGAUUUGACUUCCAAGAUUCCUUUCCAUCGGGACUGGGAAAAUUUUUCUCUAUUCAGUGGAAAAGAAGGUGAGAUUUCUAAACCUGCACAGCGAUGUGAAUGGGAAGUUGUUGAUAACCAUGGGAGCUAUGGGAAUGGCAAUGGAUCUGUAUACUCAUCCGUCGGUGGACUCGGUCCUGGCUCAGACUUGGGUAAUGGUUCAUCAAGAAGCUCUAUUUCAUCAUCCAUAGGUUUUCCAUCAAAAGCAGGGACCGGAGCUUUAAGGUUCAUCAUUGACUCGGUGGAAAAACCUCCUGAGAUCCUAAAGGUGAACAAGGACUUAGCCAUGGUGGAAACCGGAAUUUUGCAUAAGGUGGUGGCUGUAGAGGGCCCUAAGGAACCUCGUACCCAGCUGAAGCUUGGCAAGAGGACAUACUUCGAAGGAGGAAUUCAUAGCACAAACUCAUCUUCUUUAGCUUCUACGAAUCCAUCCAUUGGUUUGGUAAAGAAACCAAAGGUAUCACAGCAGAACAUGCAGAGUUCACAUUGCCAAGUUGAAGGUUGUCAUGUUGAUCUUUCGGCAGUUAAAGAUUAUCAUCGCAAGCAUAGAGUCUGUGAAGGUCAUUCUAAGUCUCCUAAGGUUAUAGUUGCUGGUCAGACAUGCAGGUUCUGUCAACAGUGUAGCAGGUUUCAUGAUUUAUCCGAGUUUGAUCAGAAAAAGCGAAGCUGCCGAAGACGCCUAUUUGACCAUAAUGCACGUCGACGCAAACCACAGCUAGAGACAAUCAAAUUUGGUUCUUCAGUAUUUUCUGCAUCAUAUUAUGCUACAGAUGAUAGACAACAGAUGAAUCUUAUGUUUGGUCGAGAUCGUUUUAAUCAUGUGACAAACAUGGCCAAUUCCACAUGGGAUGACUCUGGUGGCUUCAAACUUAUUCCAUCUCAAGGGCCUUGGAUAAAUUUUGGUAAUUCAGGAGACAUUAAUGAACAAUUGCAUUUUCCCAGCAAUGGAAUAUCAAAAAAUGUUUCCAGAGUUAACCAUGAUUGGGAUAGGCUCUUGCCUUUCAAGGGCACAAAUGCGGAGGCCACCAACAAAGGUCCUGGAGCACCUGUUUUUGCUUCGAACUUGGAUGGAGCACUGGAUCUUCAACGUGCUCUCUCUCUUCUGUCAACUGAAUGUUGGGUUCCAUACCAGGAACCUAUUUCUGAUUUCCAAUCUGUCAAUGCAAACAUUAUAACAUCUCAUUCUGCAAUCCAUCCAACCAAUGCAACGACAGUCUCCUGGCAAAAGACUGAGCUGCUCCUCCCCCGGCUAUCACCGUUCAACCUACAAAACCAUGUUAGCCAGAUUUAGGAGUUUCAGCUAGAAAACAAUGUUUUCUUGACUCCACUCAUACACAUCUCUCAUAUCCAGAUGACCAUUUCAUGGAGAGUGAAAUGCGAGGAACUGGAAAUUUUCGGUGAUCACUUACCUUGGCGUUGCUAAUAUCAUUUUCAGCUGGAGACCAAAUAAAGUUCUUUGAGGCGGUCUUCAUCCGUUUCGUAUUCAUAUAUAGAGUUCUCAUCAUUCAUUGAAGAACAUUGGGGAUCUUGUCUUAGUUUGGUAGUUUGAUGCAGGGGUUUAACAGCUCAUUAAUUUGUGUGAUGAUUGGAUUAUGAGCUUAUUAUUUUUGUUUCUGAAGUGACUGGUGGCUAUUUAAGGGCUCUUUAGACUGUAAAGCACUAGUGGUGGAGAGGCUGGCAAGUACUCCAUCAGGCAUUGCAUAUGAAUGAUUAGAAAACAAAUUAUGAAACCCAUAAACAACUAUUAUUAUAAAUUGAUUAUGGAAAUUGAUCAGACAAUAAUUUUGGCCAAGUGAUAUUUCAGUCAAUUGUAGAAGGGUUUAUCAACUACAGAUGUUUUUUUGAGUUGCCUGGUGUUUACAGAACCCCAAAUCAAGGAUCAGAAAGUCAUCAAAGUUGGACAUUGGCAAAAGGGCUUCUUUAUAUUGAGAGUGAAAAUGAUCUAAACAACU